UUUAUCGGUGUUACCCAACGCGCUUUUGACAGACAGCUCACUUAAACUUCACCUUUCCAUGCCAUAUCAAUCAACCGUAAUUUUGCAGCCUUUUGGUUUUUUUUGAUGGGAUAAAAGAAUUCCAUCCCCAUAGCAAGGAUUCUAGCUUAUUUGUAAUUGAUGUGCCAAAACUUACUCGAUGGAUCCCAGCGCUGCUCAUGCGCUGAAUGGCGGAGAUGACGAAGACGACGCUCUCCGCCGCGCCAUCGCCUUGUCCUUGGGUGUUGACAACUCAUCGGCAGAAGUCGAAAUAAUAGAAUCUCGACCUGGUUCGAACAGCAGACGAACCGAUGCUAUUGAUCUGACCUUGGACUCACCAGAGCCUGAGCCUGAGCCUGUCCCCGCUUCCCAACCAGAGGCCAAGCGGCCUACAUCACCGCCGCCUGUACCCAGCAGCACUCACUCUAUUUUCGGAAUGGAUCGAAAGAAGAUGGAAGAGGAACGUCUGGCGAGGCUACUGAAGAGAAAGGCCUCUGAUAAUGAGACCCAUGAGACCGAGAGACCAUCCCAAAAGGCAAGGCUGGAGCAUGGCGUUGCUCCAACUCCCACAGUUAGCUCUACUGUACCUUCUUCCCGCGUCCACAAUCUGCCAGCGGCCGAAAGGCUACCUUUUCCUACCGGCGUUGUCAAAAGGACCUGGCUGCAAGGACAGCCAAGGUCAUCUCAAGACAUCACCAUCGAAGAGGUAUUGCAGAAAGACCAGUUGGAGCUUGCUGUUUUGAGCAGCUUCGCCUGGGACCCCGAAUGGCUUUGGACCAAGGUCGACCCGACGAAAACCAAGACGACAUUGAUUGCGUUCGCCGGAAACGAAGCCGAUCAAAAAGAGGUCACUGCCAGUGCUCAGGGUGUAGCUCGCCUUUGCUUCCCACCCAUGAAUGGAAAUGGCUGUAUGCAUUCCAAGCUUCAGCUUCUCAAGUUUCCCGGUUACCUCCGGAUUGUGGUUCCGUCCGGCAACCUGGUACCUUAUGACUGGGGCGAACAGAACGGAAUCAUGGAGAAUUCUGUCUUCAUCAUAGACCUGCCUCCAUUGAAGGCCGGUGUCAAGUUGGAGGAUAAUACCCUGACAUCAUUCGGCGAAGAACUUAGCUACUUCCUCACGGCGCAAGGACUGAAUGAACGCAUCAUUAACAGCCUGCGCAAGUAUGACUUUAGCCAAACAUCUCGAUAUGCGUUUGUGCACACAAUAGCUGGCGUGCACACAGGUGACAAAUGGAGACGAACCGGAUACUGCGGUCUUGGCAGAGCGAUCCAGAAUCUUGGCCUUGCGACAGACGAACCAGUUGAGAUCGAUUUUGUUGCAUCCUCGAUGGGAGCCUUGAAGUACGGCUAUCUACUUGCUCUGUACAAUGCCUUCCAAGGCGAUUCGGGACUGAAGGACUAUCAAUCAAGAGCCUCAAAGACGAAGACGAGCAAGGAAGAUGCUGCCUCUGCCCAGCAAGCAAAGUUACGGGACUUCUUCCGUAUUUACUUUCCGUCUCUCGCGACAGUUGAAGCAAGCCGCGGCGGAACAAGGUCCGCCGGAACACUUUGUCUACGAUCAGGCUGGUGGGAGGCCGCCACAUUCCCCCGUGCAUUAUUCAGAGACUAUGAGAACCCCCGCGGUGCACUUGUUCAUAGCAAGAUUGUCUUUGCUCGGCCCCCUGACGCAUCAGCAGCAUGGGCCUAUGUUGGCAGCGCCAACGUGUCUGAAAGUGCAUGGGGUAAUUUGCUCGUGAAAGAUAGGGCAAGUUCCCAGCCGAAGAUGAGCUGUCGAAAUUGGGAGUGUGGGGUGAUCGUGCCGGUUGGUGAACCCGCCAGCCCUGGGCGCACCCUAUCUACGGGGAUCGACCCAGGCGACGCGUCAGCUGGAAAAGGCGGCUCUUUGCAUGGUCAUCAAGCUCGCAACAGUCCACAAGAGCAAAACGCGCCCGUCGGUAGGAGCCGCUCCAUUGAGGAGCUGUUCAGCGAAUGCGUGCCCUUGCCAAUGCAACUUCCCGGCAGGAGUUACGCGUUGGCACAUGGCGGCAAGGUACCGCAUCCUUGGUUCUUCGAUCGAGCACCGCGGAUAUGACAUGGCGGAUAUGAUCCCACGGCUUGCCGCAGUUAGUAUUUUUCGCCGACAGCCCCUUCCAGCCGACACGGAGUUCAAACAGCCUGCUCGACUCAUGUCUAGGUGAAGAUUUUGCUGCUAUUUCGUUGCGAGGGGGUACAAUAAUGGGGCAAAUGCUACUCUUCGUUAACCUUUUUGCUUCGGGCCACAACUUUAUUCUCCAUUUUAUGGCGAUUCUGAUGAGGAUCGGGGGUAAAUUGACCUGGCUGGGCGCCAUUCUAUGUGGGAACCCGGUAGCACCAGGGGUUCCGCGAUGUCGGGAGCGUACAUUACUCCGACUAUGCCAAAACUCAUUACCCCAAGACCGGAAACUCCGUCCAAAAGCUCAACCCCGACCGCUGUAUACCCCAAACCAUCAUAAUUGAUUACCUAGCACGCUAUUUUUGGCGAGCUCGCGUGGCGUUUUGCGCAAUUUUUUUUUUUAUCUCUCGCUCUUCACAUCAAACGCCGUCAAUGCUGUCUCGGCUUGAUAGCAGGAUUGACCCACCCGCCCGCCGGCAAGGUUUUAGCGCGCGGAACCUACGGGUUAGAUUGCCAAGUCUCAUUAGUUAUCGAGGCGAUCACGGAUUAACUAGAUUGGCUUGGCUGUCAAUACUGGCUUCCGCUGAGUAGUCAUGAGGGCGUAUUGGUUGGCUUGGCUUAAGGGGCCAUAUUCGGAAUGUGUUGUUUUUCUAGAAGGCACAACGUAGACUGAAAAAAAAAAAAAAAAAAAAUCUAGCAUAUCUUUUUCAGGUAUGACUAUCACUCACUCG